CCUGUGUGUCUGGUGUGUAGAGACUCAAGAGCACAUAAGAAUCACAACUUUAGUCCUGUUGUUGAGGUAUCAAGUGAUUAUAAGGAGGAACUGAGGACACAGUUGGCCAAGCUGAAGGAGAAGAUGAAGAAACAUAAAGAAACUAAACUAACCUGUGAUAAAACAGCAAAACACAUUAAGACUCAGGCCCAGCACACAGCGAAGCAGAUCAACAUGGAGUUUGAGAAGCUUCACAAGUUUCUACGAGAUGAAGAGGCAGCCAGGAUAGCUGCACUGAUGGAGGAAGAGGAGCAGAAGAGUCAGAUGAUGAAGAAGAAGAUUGAGAAGAUGAGCAUAGAGAUCUCAUCUCUUUCAAUCACAAUCACAGACAUAGAGGAGCAGAUAAAUGCUGAUGACAUCACAUUCCUGCAGAGCUACAAGAGCACAGUGGAAAGAGCCCAGUGCACACUGCAGGAUCCAGAGAGGGUUUCAGGAGCUCUGAUCAAUGUGGCAAAGCACCUGGGCAACCUGAAGUUCAGAGUCUGGGAGAAGAUGCAGGAGACUGCUCAGUACACUCCUGUGACUCUGGAUCCCAACACUGCACACCCACAACUCAUCCUGUCUGAGGAUCUGACCAGUGUGAGAUGGGGUGAUGAGAAGCAGCAGCUUCCUGAUAACCCAGAGAGAUUUGAUAAGUAUGCCAGUGUCCUGGGCUCUGAGGGCUUUAACUCAGGGACUCACUGCUGGGAUGUGGAGGUUGGAGAGAACACAUGGUGGGAUGUGGGUGUGAAGGCAGAGUCAGCCCAGAGGAAGGGAACAUAUGGCUAUGUGAGUGGAGAGUGGUGUGUGUGGUAUAAAGAUGGUAAAUAUGGAGCAGGUGCUCCACCACAGCCCCCACUCUCCUCACAGUGCAGCAGAAACUCCAGAGGAUCAGAGUGCAGCUGGACUGGGACAGAGGAGAGCUGUCAUUCUCUGACCCUGAUAAUAACACACACCUACACACUCUCACACACACUUUCACUGAGAGAGUGUUUCCAUACUUCAAUGGUGGUAGGGUGUCUCCUCUGAGUAUUGUAGCAGUGAAGGCCUCUGUGUCAGUGAGCAGCCCAGUUAGAGCAGAAACUGUCUCUGUCUGAACAAGAGCCCACAUGCAGAGAUGGAUGGAGGCAUGUGGGGUUCAGUCAUGAGUCACUCACACAGUAACUGCAGUCAAUCUGAUAUCUGACCUGUGAGGCAUCGUUUUCUGGCUACUUUAAUUUAGUUCAGAAUUGAAUUGUCUGAUGUUCUAUGUUGAGUAUCCUCUAAAAUAAGAUGCCAUUUAUUACACUAUCCUGGUAUUUCUACAUUGCCCAUGUCUCUAUACAAGCACAUAAAAAAAAAAAAAAAAAUCAGUUCAAUAAAUCAUGUGGACAUUUCUGAGGGUCUCUCCUUUUUAGAAUUUAGCUCAUUUAGAGGGCCAUCUGGUGGCCAUUGUUGGAACACAAACUACAAACUGACAGUGCUGACUAUUUGGCUAUAUGCAUUAAACUAACAUAUAUUUGUUUUUGUUUUUUUUCUAUUGGUGUAUUAGGCCUAUUCUGUGCACACCUGUAUAUAAUAUUUGUAUGAAUUGUUUAGGGGUGUAACUUUCCUAUAGGGGCUUGUGAAAGUCUCAGUAUGAAUACUGCCAUCUAGUGGUGGUUAUUGUGUAACUACAUGCUCCUCACCUGUGAGGUUUCCAGUAGCAGAGCAGCAACACAGCACAGGUGCAGCUGGUCCUGCUGCUGUCUGAUCUGAGGUCAGAAAUGCUGGAGAUUAAACAGCACUAUAGAGACUGAGAGCACUGCAGUAAACACAAACUCCUGCACUAGUCAAGACUGAUUAUUACAUGAAUCAAAUCAAAUGUCAUGUAUGUAUUGUCGUUGUAAGUGUCUGUCUUUAUAACCAGAUGAAAGCUGUAAUUUAGAGCAGUAAGGUUUGGACUACUGAAGACAAACUUGAUGUGAGGGAUGAAUAACCAAAAAGAACUGAGUUUUCCACAGAGACAUUAAACAACAUUACUGAUACCAGGACCCAGAUCAUCACCAUUACACAAAGAGAUAAUUUAUGGACAUAUCAACAUAAUACAAUAAUGAUGUUUUUAUUCAUAAUAUACACUGAUACAAUGUCAGAUUGACUACUUUUCUUCAUUACUUUAAUAUGUCUUCAUAAGGAAUUCAUCAGUGAUUAAAACCAAAUCAGUAUUUGUAGGA